UGAAAAGGUUCGUUGCCCUUACAUAUGUUGUUGGAGAUAACAUUACACGAAAUCAAAGCAGUUGAUAUCAGCGAACAAGUCAGAGACGUUAUAUUUUCAGCUUUCAGUCUGUCGGUCUACUGCAAUGUUCUUGUCACUUCUGUAGCAUUUGACCAAUCUACCUUUUGGCGUGAGAUGAACUGUAUCCACAGGAAAAUUAAUUUACUCUGGCUUAAUAUUUAGGUAUCCGAGUUCUUCCAGCGAUGACUAAUCUUCUAAGUAUAUCAGCAGUAAUUGUUGCUGGUAUUUGUAUAUAUUAUAUGGUGAAGGAACCAACACUUCCAGCUUUAGUAGAGAAAGCAGAUCCUGUUUAUGAUUAUAUCAUAAUUGGCGGUGGCUCAGCUGGAUGUGUGCUCGCUUCACGACUUUCUGAAAAUGAAAACAAUACUGUUUUACUUUUAGAAGCCGGUAAUGUUGAAACUGGAAGUAUGUUUGUGAGCAUUCCAGCUGGAGUGGCGAAGUUGUUUAGAUCAUCCUAUGAUUGGCAAUAUUUUACAGAGCCACAAAAACAAAGUUGUCAGGCACUUAAUGAAAAGCGAAGUUACUGGGCCAGUGGAAAAACUUUAGGAGGUUCCAGUAGUAUAAAUUUUAUGAUCUAUGAACGUGGAAACCACUACAACUAUGAUGAAUGGGCAGCCAGAGGCUGUGAAGGCUGGAGCUACGAUGAAGUUUUGCCUUAUUUUAUGAAAUCAGAAGGUAAUAAAAUCGAAGAGCUAGAAAAUUCGGUUUACCAUAAUACCGAUGGACCACUAAUCAUAACGAAAGCAGGAAGCACACCAAUCAUCAAUCAUUUCCUCGGUGCAGCAAAAGAGCUUGGUUACUCUGUUGGAGAUAUAAAUGGAGAUUUAGUCGAAGGAUUUUCACAGGCUUCUGUAACAAUAAAUGAAGGAAAGCGGUGGAGCACAUCUAAUGCCUUUCUUAGACCAACAAUGGAGCGAAAAAAUUUACAUGUUCUGGUCAGAGCUCUGGUAACAAAACUUCUUAUGAAAGAUAACAAAACCGAAGGUGUCCAAUAUAUUCGAGAUGGAAUUAAAUACACGGUGAGAGCGAAAAAAGAAGUAAUAUUAUCAGCAGGAAGCAUACAAUCACCAAAAAUUCUAAUGCUUUCAGGAAUUGGACCAAAGGAUCACUUAGAAAAAAUGAGGAUUCCAGUGAUUCACGAUCUACCUGUUGGAAAAUAUUUGAAAAAUCAUAUUCUAGUCUGGUUGAGAGCUAACAUAACAAAAGAUUAUAGCAUGACUAAAUCGAAGGCGAUGUCACUCAAAGAAUUUAUGCGAUAUCAGAUUUUUAAAACAGGGUUUCUGGCGUCACCACUGGCCGUUGAAGGAGUAGGCUUUCUUCGUUCUGGUCUGCAACCAGACAAGAUGCAACCAGAUCUAUCACUUGUUCUUCAAUCAUCUAUAGUAAUCGGAGAGCCAGAAGAACUCAAUAAUGGAUUUAAUGUUAACAUUUCACUCAUCAAACAAACCCAAUUACUUUCUGGGCCGACAGCAGCAGACGACGCUGAAGGCUUCAAGAUUUUUGUGGUGUUAGUUCAACCAAAAUCCUUUGGUUCUAUUGAGCUGAAGAGCACUGACCCACAAGAUCACCCCAAAAUAUAUCCUCGAUUUUUCAACGAUGAAACAGAUUUUAAAAUCAUUAUGGAAGGUAUAAAAGUCGCCAGAAAAAUGCUCCAGACUGACGCCAUGAAAGAACUUGGAGUUGAAAUUAUUAACGAGCUCCAUCCCAUUUGUUCCCAAUACACUUUUGAUACAGAUGAUUAUUGGGGUUGUUUAGUUCGAUAUUAUACUUUUGUCAUGUACCACCCUACAUCGACAUGCAAGAUGGGGGCUCUUAAUGAUUCGUCCGCAGUUGUAGAUCCACAAUUAAGGGUCAAAGGUGUUACCAAUUUAAGAGUUGUUGAUGCUUCGAUUAUGCCAGAAAUAACUUCGUCGAAGACCAACGCACCUACGAUCAUGAUUGCCGAGAAAGCAGUGGAUAUGAUCUUGAACCGCGAACCACUUAAACCAAUCCGAACAAAACGAAAAGUAUAGUUACCCCGGAAAACAAAGAGAAAAAUUUUUGUAAAAUGAUUUACAUACAUACAUACAUACAUACAUACAUACAAAUAUAUAUUCAUAUAUGUUUUUAUAUAUAUUUAUAGAGAGAGUAAGUACAUAAAUGUGAAACAAGGUGGGAAAAAAUAGUACUCGAAUACUGAAGGUAGAGUAACAUGCUUUAUUAUUAAAGCUGCAAAAGCAUCACAAAAAACUGCUAUUCAGAGUUUCACGUUCCCGUUGGUCGAAGUUGUGAUUCAGAAUCACAACUGCCCGACGAACAUGAACGUGAAACUCUGAGUAGCAGUUUUUUUUGUGAUGUUUUUGCAUCUUUUAUAAUAAAGUAUAUAUGUGUGUGUGUGUGUGUGUGUGUCUGUGUGUUUCUAUACACACACACACACACACGUAUAUGUGCAUGUAUGUAUGUAUGUAUGUAUGUAUGUACACACAUGUACACAUAUGCGUAGAUAUACAUACAUACGUUUAUAUAAAUUAUAUAUACACAAUACAUGCAUAUAUCUUUAUUUUCUUAUUUUUUACUUGUGUCUGGCGAAAGAGUCGUUGUUCGUGACCUUUGCACCUCUACCCUACAUCUGAGACCGGCAAAUUUCAUGCUGUUAAUGGUCCGUUUAAAAUGUUACAUCACAACACCCGUCUGGGAUCUUCUCCAUGCUCAUGUCUUUCUUACAGGUAAGAAAGACAUGAGCAUGGAGAAGAUCCCAGACGGCCGAUGUUCUAGGACUAGGAAUAAUGUUUCGUGCGGGUCCAACGGGGUCGUAUGCACGAGAGGUGGAAGACAAGUAGGUCGGGAAUGCUUGAGUGAUAGAGGUGCAAGAUAAGUCAGCUCCGAGGAGCAGAGGCGUUUAUAGUUGUGAUCGAAAAAGUAAAGUGUCGAAUAUGUUAAUGACUGGAUUCCAGUUACUCAAGUGACCUUCUCUGGAAGCAGUCCAAUGUCUGUUUGUGCAUCACAGAUGUACUCCACUGUGGGUCUCACUUGAACUUUGUAGAGUGGCAGCAAAUGCUUGGGCUAAAAUAUUUUCUGGCCUUGAAAAGAAGGAUUAGUCUUUGGAAUGUGAUUCUAGUUAUGUUAGGGAAGUGUUAUUGCUGAGAGAGAUCUUCAGUGAUAGUGGGACUUAGCAUUUGGAGCCACUGUGAGCACCACCGAGAGCAGGACUCAAGCAGCGUCCUGCUCUCGGAGGUGCUUUCUUGAUAUGAGUAGUGCUUGAGUUUUAUUGUUGUUAAAGGAGAAAAAAAGGAUAACAUGUCCCCGCUGAAGAAUAGUCUCAAGUUGUUCGCUUAUAGAAUUAAUGUCGGUUUUACAUGUAGAGUUUAGAAUGCUUGUGAAUGAUGCAUGGUUGGAGAAAUUUGAGGAGUAAUGAAAGGAUACGCCAUCUGUAAAAGAGUGGGCGUUUGUUGGAUGUGGCAACAAGUAAAUCAUUAAUGUACAGAAUGAAAAUUAGGUGACAAAUCCGAAUCCUAGAGAAUACCAGAGUUAGUUGAAUGUGGC